AUGCGGUGGCUGACGAGCCUGUGCGUGCUGGCAGCCAGCUGGACUGCGGGUGUGCUGGCUGCCGAUGCAGAUUCAGAGAUGAAGAGUGUACCACCACAGCUACGAACGCACUCCCUCUCGGCUCCCUAUCUUGACUCCGAUAUGGCCUCGCGCUGGUGGGACUUUGGCGGAGACACACUCAUUCGUGCCGACAAGUAUGUGCGGCUGGCGGCUGAUCAACCCGCGCAGUCUGGCUGGCUCUUCUCACGCAUACCGCUCACCGCGAACAACUGGGAGAUUGAGAUGGAGUUUUCAAUAUCGGGCAAGGGCAGCCUACACGGCGAUGGCUUUGCGUUGUGGGUUACAAAAGAGCGGGCGCAACCGGGCAAUGUGUUCGGACACGUGGAUAGAUUUGAGGGGUUGGGUGUGUUCUUCGAUACGUACAAGAACAAUCGGCCAGGCGUGGUCUUUCCGUACGUGAUGGCGAUGAUGGGGGACGGAAAUACUAUGUACGAUCGUGCGAACGAUGGGAAGGCGAAUGAGUUGGGCGGAUGCUCGGCUCGAGGACUACGUGGAUCGACUGUGCCAUCGAAAGCAAGACUAACGUACAUUAAAGAUGAAAGCCUGUCCUUGGAGCUGCAGUAUAAGACGGAGGGCACAUGGACCAAGUGCUUUGAUAUCAAGGCCACCGACGCCGUGCCGUUGAAGCUCCCCAACCAGGCCUACUUGGGCUUCUCUGCCCAUACUGGAGAUCUGUCGGACAAUUUUGACAUUGUCGAUGUUCAAACGAAGAACCUGUACACCCCCCGGGCAGCGACCAGUCGGCAGGGAUACGGCAAAACUGCUAGCUCGUACACCCGGCAGAAGGAGGGAGGCGGCUGGAUGUGGUUCUUCUUCAAAUUGAUCCUUUUCGCGGGCUUGUGCGUGGGAGCUUACGUGGGCUACAACGCGUACAGGACACGGAACAGAUACUCUCGAUUCUGA